AUGUAUAUUUUAGCUUGGCCAAUAAGCAUUAUCCUGGACAUCAUCCUUGGCCGGGAUAUCGGACAAGUAUAUUCUGCCGCGGAGCUACAUAAACUUAUACGCAUACAUGUUGAAAAUCCGGAUGCGCAGGAGGAAUCUGGUUUGAACAAGGACGAUGGAAACUUACUCACGGGCGCCUUGGAAUAUAAGGACAAAACAGUGGCAGAUGUGAUGACGACUCUUGAAAAGGUGUUCAUGCUCGAGUCACAGACGAGGCUUACUUUCCAAAUCAUGAUGGAAAUAUACAAGAGUGGCUUCACAAGAAUUCCCAUUUACGAAAUCGACCGCCAAAACAUUGUCGGCAUCCUCUUUACAAAGGAUCUUAUCCUGAUCGACCCGGACGAUGGGGUUGAAAUUGCCGCUGUGAUCAGUUUCCAUGGCAAUCGCGAAGGAGGAUUCGUACGUGGUGUACCCGACGACACGUCAUUGGAUAAAGUAUUUCGUGAAUUCAAAUCAAGCUACCUUCAUUUAUUAAUCGCAUAUGGCGAGAUUCCACACUCAUUACAAUCAAGGAAUGUCGACGAAGGCAGCAAGGUGAAGGAUGCUCACCACAUCGCCUCUCGACCUGAACAACACAUCAGUGACUACACGACGGCGCACUCGUUGACAGGUAACCGGCGCGUCGUUACCGGUGUCAUCACUUUGGAAGAUGUGCUGGAGGCUGUUAUUAAAGACGAAAUAGUGGACGAGACUGACAAUUUUAUCGACGUUAACAAAACUGAGACCUUGGUUAGGGGUCGUGGAGUGGACCAUCGCCCAGAUCCGACAAAUUUUCUGACACUGUUCGAACAUAAAAUCCGUGGACAGACAAAGCUGAGCGAUGCCGAAACAGCAGCCAUCACGGCGUUUUUGUCCUUGAAUGUUGGAGAGUUUAAAAAACUGGCCCGUUUUGGCAGAGUGCUGAAUAAGCUAAUUGUUGCCUCACAGGUCGAAGAGCACAACACAGCUGAUGAGGUUGGAGAGCUCAUGAAGGGUUCCGGAACUCCUCCUGUCUUGGCUGAUGAAGUUGUUUCCGAUAAUCCCUCAAAUCGACGCAUAUUACCUCCAGGCAGAGAAGCUGGCAACAUGUCUCGAACUAUUUCUUCUGGGAGCAGUGCCUUUGACAGUGUUGAGGAUGAAUUUGACAGUGCUGAUUGUGGAAGAUCGAUAUAUCGUAAAGGGCAUCGAUGCGAUUUUUUCGUAUUGAUUCUUCAAGGAAAAGUUCGCGUGAGGGCUGGUGCUGAUGGUUUUGAGUCGGAACUCGGCCCAUGGUGCUAUAUUGGACAGAAAGCACUUGUUUCUGAUACUUUCAUCCCUGACUUUAGAGCAGUUCCGCACGGCCCAUGUCGUCUUUUAUUUAUCCGCCGCGGGGAUUAUAACGCUGCAUUGCGAGCAGCGCACGUCGAGGCGAUAAGUGGCUCUCGUUCAGCAGCUGAUUCAAGGCUAGCAGACUGCGCCAAGUGAUUGCAAACUUGAUGGUCACACCACGACUGGAUCUCUGCUGGUCAGCGAACACAAGACGACUGAAAGAUGAAGUACUCAAACUUUGAAGCCCGCAUACUGUUUGGGUCGAACGUGUUGAGCUGUACAGCUUUGCUUCGAAUUGUAGAUGAGAUCCUCAAGAGUUGGUGUUGGAAGACAAGCCGUUCGAGACUCUUGUUACAUUUCAGAUGUUUACUAUGCACUGAAACGCACCUUCCACGUACCGAGCCCAAAACUAUUCAUUCGCAGGAACACUGUCUCCCUUGCUAAAAUCUGGCUCAAUCCUCAUGGUGCAUAUUCUUACAAAGCCCCCACCUCCACACAGCAUACAUUUUCCGAGCACGCCCCUUCCCUUGCGAAACCUAGAUGUCGAGAAGCGUCUUGUUUUUACCCACCCACUUCCUAAACACGCCGCACAUCUUGAGUCAUAUUUCAUCACGAUACGAGGGACAGAGCAGGUGUCCUUGGAAGCAUCACAAUUUGUUUCCUCCUCAGUGGAUUUUCUCAAACGUCGUCCCUUGGCCCACAUGUUUCCUGUCGGCUGGGAAAUCGGCAGAGGCAGCCCCUUAUCUUGGCUAAGAGAGCUACGUUCAGCGGAGCUCAUAUUGACGGCGAUGUUGCAUCCGCGAAUACAUCUAGCUUGUUGACGAGGCCAGAUGGCCCGCGCAGGAAGGCGCGAUCCACGAAAAACAAGCAUCUCGUCGCCCUACUCCGCGGGAUCGUGAACAGAAUGGCUAUGGGACGAGAGCUGGUCUUUCUAGUAUUUUGUUCCUCCGCUUCACCGUGGAGAUGUGUAUUCUUGUUGUAUCUGAAACGGGCACAACGGCGAGCAGCUUGCAACUCGCGGGAAUCGUGGAAAUCG